AUGAGCACGGGCGGAUAUAAUUGGGUAGGCUGGAACUUCCUCCGAAUGUGUACAAGCUUGAUCAGAUCAAGGNCACAUAUUUAUUCUCAUGCGCACUUGACAUGCUUGAGCCAAGUCCUGAACCUAAUGGACCAAAUGAUGGAGACCCCUUUUCUCUCAUCACCUCGUGCAAUGGGCUUUGGAUCGUUGAGAGGAUGGAACGUAAAGGAUGAUAAGGACGCUCUGUACAUUCGAAUCGACAUGCCCGGUGUAGAUAAGGACAAGGUGAAGAUCACGGUGGAUCAAAACACUCUAAUCGUGAAAGGGGAAGACGAGAAGGAAUCGGAGGAGGAUGAACACAGGCGGAUAUAA